AUGGCCCAGUACCAACAAGAAUCCUUUGUCAUCCCUUCCAACACCAUUCUUCCUGGAUCCUUUACUUCUUUCUUUGAAUCAGACUUAGGACCGGAAGCACUCUUGGAACAGCAUCUGGCACCGGAAUCAAACGAUGAUGAAUCUCUACAUCAACUCCAAUGUGGUCCAAGUACGGUAGUAGAAUCACCCGAUUCGCAUAUUCCGUUAUCCAUGCCGUUUUCUGGCUUCGAGGGUCAAAAUCCGGGCACAUCUGAGUUUUUCUUAUUCCAUCCUACAACUGAAGAGGAGAUACGGUUGUUGGAUUCAUUGUACUCUUCUUAUCCCUACACGGAGGAAGAGAUAUUGGGGGAGAAUAGUUGGAAAGCGGGCACCCGUGCGUCCCCCCAGGCACACACUGAAUCUGGGUGGGACACUUUUCCCCAAGACUCAUUGUGGCCAACGAACCGCGCCCCAGUAUUUUGGGGCGACUAUCCGUCUUCCUCUAUGGAAGCUUUGACGUUCCCCGCCACAAACGAGUAUUUGCGCUCGAUGCCAGGCCCCUCAACAUUGCCUGGCACGGAUGAUCUGUACGCGACUGCUAAUGUCGAAACUAGCAUCCAAAAUCAUCGGCCUUUCAUGCCAGUGUCCCACUUUGGGACCUCUACUAAUCAAUAUGGAAACGACUACCAGACCUUCUCAAAUACUAUUGGAGAAGGUUUAGAUAACAAUAUCAGAUCCACAGGCGAACAGCAAACUGUCGAUGAUCAAUGCUCCGGGGAUCACCCUGUCGAGCACGAUUACAGUGAGCGCAACGCACAUGGAAGAAUGAAGGGAGAUGUUUCCCAUAGCGGUCUAUAUGGACUUAACAAUGCCUCGGAGUGGCUACCCGGGGCAUAUGAAUCCCUCGAAGAGGAAGUACCGAACACCAAUGCAGGUACAUGGACGGACGAGUCCAUUGUGCCGGAGCAGCCGGCUCCAAGCACCUCCCAGGUACAAGGCCACAUACCCAGUUGUAUGGGGGGCCUUGGUGUCAGCGUCACACGCGAACGCAAGAGGAGGAAGGAAAAGGGGUUCCGGUUCGUCAAUCUAGCUGCUAGCUAG